UACACUGACACCCGUGUGUUUAAAAAAUUUGCAUGAAGUUAUCAAAACACUUCCAAAAAUUUGAUUACAAAUUAGAAAUAAAUUAGAAAUAGGCGAUUAAAUUAAUUAUUAGUGUUAAAAUGGCUAGUACAGGUGAUAGUUUAAAUUUGGCCAAUGAUGUCAAAAAAGCUGUAGAAUUAUUGGAAAAACUCCACAAAAGUGGCGAAGUUCCAGUUUCCAAGCUAACCGCAUUACAGAAAGUUCUCCAAAGUGAAUUCCUAACAGCGGUUAGAGAAGUUUACGAACAUGUUUACGAAACAGUUGAUAUUCAAGGCUCUCAAGACGUUAGAGCAUCGGCCACAGCUAAAGCUACCGUAGCAGCAUUUGCAGCCAGCGAAGGGCAUGCCCAUCCGAGAGUCGUCGAAUUACCAAAAACAGAAGAAGGUUUAGGAUUUAAUGUGAUGGGAGGACGAGAGCAAAACUCACCUAUUUAUAUUUCUCGUAUUAUACCGGGUGGUGUUGCUGAUCGACACGGAGGACUGAAACGAGGAGAUCAGUUACUAUCUGUUAAUGGAGUAAGCGUCGAAGGUGAGAAUCACGAGAAAGCUGUAGAGCUUUUGAAACAAGCCCAAGGUUCUGUUAAAUUGGUUGUUCGUUAUACGCCCAAAGUGCUCGAAGAAAUGGAAAUGCGAUUCGAUAAACAACGCGUCGGAGCUGCGAGAAGAAGACAGAUAUAAUUUUUAAAGUAUUCGUUUUUUUUUUAGUGUUGAUAUGAGCGCAUUUAUUGUAUUUUGGCGUUACUGUAUGGUUGCGAAUUAUGAAAGUUGUUAUUUAUUGUAUCGUUGACUAACUUUGUAGCGUUUGAUGAGAACAAUAUGCAAUAUCUAAUGCAAUUAGGUUUACGAUUAUGCUUCUUUUCUUAUUUAUUCUCUGAAACUUAUUCUGUACUAUUGUUUCUGUUACAAACUUUCAGUAUUAUUCUGUCAACAUAUACUUCCUAUUUUACAGAAUAUCGUCGUUGAAUAAUUGUUUUACAUACAUUUUACCGUAUCAAUAAACGUUCGAAUAUUUUUAAAUUUUAUAGAAUAUUAGAUAUUUUUAUCGAAAUCUGUACAUAAUAAUUAUAUUAUUUAUUCGUUGA